UUUAUUUUUGUUUUGUCGUUGCCGUUUUCUGCGUUUUGAGUUGGUGAAGAUCUCUUUCUGAGGAGAUGGCCUUCCCUCAGCUAGGGUAUCCUCAGUACUUAAGUGCGAGCCAGGCUGUGUACGCUGCCGAUCGGCAGGGAGUGCUCGCUUCUUCCCGAGGAGGAGCCGAGCUUGGAGCUAACCCCGCCGCCGCCGCUGCUGUCACCUCGGUGCUGGGAAUGUACGCGAACCCUUACACAGCCCAGAACUACAGCGCUUUCCUCCCCUACACCACCGACCUCACCAUGUUCUCUCAAAUGGGAUCACAGUACGAAUUAAAGGAUAAUCCUGGGGUUCAUCCGGCGGCAUUUGCAGCACAUGCAGCUCCUGCUUAUUAUCCCUAUGGACAGUUUCAGUAUGGAGAUCCUGCCAGACCCAAAAACGCCACCCGGGAGAGCACAAGUACUCUCAAAGCCUGGCUCAACGAGCACAGGAAGAACCCGUACCCGACCAAAGGGGAGAAGAUCAUGCUGGCCAUCAUCACCAAGAUGACCCUGACCCAGGUCUCCACCUGGUUCGCCAACGCCAGGAGGAGACUGAAGAAAGAGAACAAAAUGACUUGGGGCGCUCGGAGUAAAAGUGAUGACGGUACUCUCUACGGCAGCGACACAGAAGGGGAGAGCGAGAAAAAGGAGGAGGAUGAGGAGAUUGACCUGGAAAGUAUCGACAUCGAUAAAAUUGACGAAAACGACGAGGAGCAGAGCAAUGAGGAAGAGGAGGAAAAGCUGAACCUCAGUAAUGAGGAGGAGAAAGCAGACGUGGAUAGGGAACAUGAUCGGACAUUGCAGGGGUCUGAAAGUGACAGUAAAGCAAAGGAGACGGAUAGAGUAGAUGGAAGUGUCAUUGAAAACAAUGGCACCAGGGGCGUAUCUCUAGCACAAGGAAAUUUGCUAAUCCCAAAUCAUAGCAAACCCAAAAUCUGGUCUUUGGCAGAGACUGCAACCAGCCCGGACAGCGCCCAGAAAUGCUCUCCGACCAGUCACACGCCGUCGACCAUCCAGCACCCAGCUUUUCUCUCAAACCACGGACUCUAUACUUGUCAGAUCAGCAAGUUUCAUAACUGGACAAACGGCGCUUUCCUGGGCCAGAACUCUUUGCUAAAUGUCAGGUCGUUUCUGGGUGUAAAUCAUCAUCACCAUCAUCAUCAUCAUCAUCCUCCACAACAUCCUCAGCAGCAACAGCCUUCUGUGUUAACAGCAGCCCUGGGAGCAGUGAGCAAUGAAAAAUCAACAGACGUCCCCAGCCCAAAACACACAGAAAGAGAAUGUAUUCCAGGCGAAUCUCCAUCACAAUCGCUAAAAAUAUCCUUUCAGCCCGUAAAUGAAAGCUCACGGCCCCAGAAGGAAGGGACACCAGUUCUGGCAACCAUCUCUUCCGUCUGAAGAAGUUUUACCGUGAAAGGAAAAAAAAAUUAAAAAGAAAGUUGAAAAAAAAGCUAAUUUUGCUUCACUUUUCUUGCCGCAGUGUCAAGCAACACAA